AUGGAGCGGGCUUAUCUAGUAGUCACUUUGGUUCUUCUUGGUACUGGAAGGAUUUACUCCUCCUAUCGUCAGUUGCUGGACGAUUUAAAAAGUGAACUUAAUUUUGAGUAUGUUGUGUUGCUGGGAAAAAGCGACCCCAUUUGGCAGAAGCUUCUUUGGCAGAUGUCAGUUCCACUUAUACAAAUGGAUGAAGAACCAGAAACUGAAUUUGUACUCGGAGGGCACCAUUCCUACAAUUUUCUUACCAUAGCUUUUCUGGACGAAUCUGUGGAUGACAGUCUGAAGUUUCUUUAUUUGACAUUGAACCUGCUAAACACUCGUCCUGUGCUUUUGGUUAUAAAAUACUCGAAUAUUAGAAUUUAUUCAAUUCUGGAGUGGUGCUGGCAGCAUCAACUUUUAAAUGUCUUAGCCAUUGAACCGCACUUCGAGGACUCUCUGAUUGUGUACGGCUAUAUACCCUUUCCGAUAUUUCAAUUUAUAGAGCGGCGCUUGGAAAACAACUCCAUUAUUUUUGAGCAACGCCUGGGGAAUCUCAAUGGCUAUAAGUUUUCAGUUGUUGUGGGAGGAUCCUCGCCCAGGUUGAUUGUUUAUCGUGGAAUGAACGGAGAGUUAAAAUACUCUGGAGUGGUUGGUAAUCUUAUGAAAUGCUUUGAGCAGCGAUAUAAUUGUGAGCUGGUGCAACCAUAUCCUUUCGACGAGUUGGCCAUUCCCCCUGCCCAGGAGCUGCUCGGAUUUGUGCGAAAUGGAAGCGCACAGUUCGCAUUCGCAGCGAUAUAUCCAAAGCUUCCGUUCAGCGGCUAUAGCUAUCCCAUAGAACUAAUGAGUUGGUGCUUGAUGAUGCCAGUGCCAGCGGAGGUACCUCACAGUCACCUGUACACAAUGGUCUUUCAUCCGUCUGCAUUUUGGCUAAUUAUUGGUGGCUUACUAUUGAUUUCUGUGACUUUAUCACUUGCCCUGCGACUUCACGGAUAUCGGGUUAAUUUCAGCGAAUUUUUCAUACACACUAGUUGUUUCAGGGGAAUACUUUCUCAGCCGUUCUACGAGGUACUUCGGGCACCAACUUUGGUUAGAGCUAUCUACCUACUUAUUUGCAUACUUGGCAUCCUGAUCACCGCCUGGUACAACUCGUACUUCUCUACCUUUGUAACCAGUCCUCCAUUACUCCCUCCAAUUACGAGUUACGAGAGCAUCAAAAGCUCCAACGUGAAGGUCGUAGUUUGGACUCCGGAAUACGAAGUACUAAUCCGAAUGUCUGAAAACCUGGAAAAGUACUCGUCCAUCUUUCAAUUUAAAGCGAAUUACAAGGAGUUCCUGCUGCUACGCGACUCUUUUGAUACACGAUACGGAUACAUGAUGCCGCUGGAGAAGUGGUCUCUGAUCAAGGAGCAACAGAAGGUAUUCAGUUCCCCAUUGUUCACUCUGCAAGAGGACUUGUGCUUCUACCACACAAUUCCCAUUGUGUUUCCUAUUGCGGAUAACUCGGUAUUCCGGGAGCCAUUGGAGCAGCUGAUUCUGGAUGUUACGGCCAUGGGUCUCCUGGAUCGUUGGCACGAUAUGGCCUUCACGGACCUGAUCAAGGCCGGUCAGUUGAGCCUGGUAGAUCGCGGAAAGCCAAAAGAGUUUCGAGCCAUGCAGCUACAGGACUUGGACCAAAUUUUGAUAGCUGGUGGAUUCUUAUUGGGCUUGGCCACUUUAGUAUUUGUGUUGGAAGUGGUUUGGUUUUGGCGCAAGAAAAUAUCAAGCUUUGUACUAUUAUCUUUUAAUGUAAGAGCCUAAAUAAAACAUCCAUUCACCG